AUGAUGAAGUUCUUCUCCGUCUUCAGUGCCUUCUCAGCGCUUCUGUCAUGCAGGGCUGUCGUCUCUGCACAGUCUGGUCCCGACCCGAUUGGCACCAUCUACGAUGGCCAUGUGCCAGCCGAUCUAUACGGAUCCAGCUAUCCCUACCCUUGGCCGGUGAAGCUGUUCAACUUCUACAAUCAGCGCCAGAACCUUACAAUGGCGUUCAUGGACGUACCGGCAAGGAAUAAUCACAAGAACAAUGAUAAGAAGACAGCCGUCUUGCUGCACGGCGGGAACUUCUGCGGCGUCACAUGGUCCGACACGGCACGCCAACUGUCGGCCGCCGGCUACCGAGUGAUCCUGCCCGACGACAUCGGCUUCUGCAAAUCGAGCAAGCCCCAAGGCUAUUCUUACAAUGUCCAACAACAGGCGUUGAACAUUCACAGCCUGCUCACUGCCCUAGGCAUCGACCAAGUCACCGUAAUCGGCCAUUCGAUGGGUGGCAUGAUUGCCGCCCGCUAUGGCCUCAUGUACCCGACCCAGGUUCAGCAGCUUUUCCUUGUCAAUCCCCUGGGCCUGGAGGACUGGGUAGCCAAGGGUGUGCCCUAUUUAUCAAUUGACGCGUCCUACAAAAGCGGGCUUGUGUCGAACUUUACCACUCUCAAGGCGUAUGAGCAGGCCAACUACUUCCCCAAUGCCCCCUGGAAGCCCGAGUAUGAUGCUUGGGUCCACAUGCUAGCCGAUAUCUAUGCCGGCGACUACGGUUCCGCCUAUUCGUACGUGAUGGCCCUCGUCACCGACGCCUUACUCAGUCAGCCUGUCAUCUACCAGUUGCCUCUCCUGCAGACACGUACCUACCUCUUGGUAGGAGCCAGCGACGUUUCGGCGCUUGGCAAAGCAUGGUCACCCCCUGCUAUCGCUGCAAAACUGGGUCACUAUGAUGAACUCGGCCCUGCUGCCGCGGCCCUGAUCCCGAACUCCAAGCUCCACAUGUUCCCCGGUCUAGGCCAUGCGCCCUUCCUCCAGGACCCCAAAACGUUUUACGGCGUGCUGUUCUCUUGGUUGGACUAA